UCAAAAUGGAGCUGCUUCCACGUUUCCACCCACCGCCUAGGCAGUGCUCAGAAGCACAGACAGACAGGCACUAAUCAGAAAAUGUUAGAGAGAGAGAGAGAGGGGGAGUGAAGCAGACGGCUGGACCCCUGAAAUCUAAAAUUUCUCUGACAAAUCCCGGAAAAUUUUCUCCUCUCUGUUUCUAUUUAUCACCCAACUCCCGCCAUUUUGUCUACACCAUCUGAUACCCUCUUUCACCUUUUAAUUCUUUCUCUUUUUUUUUCCACACAAGAAAAAGAAAAAGAAAAAAGAAAAAUUCCCCUGUUUCCAAGAUCCUCCUUUCUUUUGCUUCAAUUCCACUCCAAUUUCAUCCAAUUCUUUGUCUUUUCUUAUAGAUCAAAAAACCCAUUUCUCAGAACUGAUUAAAAAUAAUAGCUCAAUUUUUUUUCUUUUCAAAAUGGACGAGUUUGGUGUGUUAACAGAACGUUUUGGGUUAAAACCGCAAGGAAAAUCGGCUCCAAUGUCUGCAUCGAGAGGAACCAAUAACGCCCAAACUCGAGAUUUCCCUUCUUCAAACCCGAAAUCCAACUCAUAUUCUUCUAAAUCAACUUACAACUCCAAUUCAUAUAAUGGGUCUUUCAUGGAUGAUCGCGAAACUCUCUUCAGCAAUUCAAAAUCCCAGAAUUUUGGUGAUGAUUUUGACAUUUUUGGUGGUUUUCAAAAGAAUUCAAAACAGACGAGUACUGGGUUUGCUUUCGAUAUUGAUUCUGUGUUUUCAAGUACUAAAAGUUCGAGUGUGCAAUCGUCUUUUGUUGAUGAUAUAUUUGGUGGGUUAAAUGGGUCUAGUUCAUCAGUUAAUAACAAUAACAAUAACAACAACAACGAGGAUGGUGAUAUUUUUGGGGCGUUUACUUCUUCAAAGGGCGCCAAGCAAAGUGCACCAGUCAAAGAUUUGUUGGGGGGUUUCGGUACAAAAUUGAAGCCUCCGAGCCGUAAUGGAUCUGUUGGUUUUGAUGAUUUGAUACCUGGGUUUGGUCCCAGCAACUCAUCAAGGAAAGAAAAAAAUAUGCAUACAAUUACAACAGCAUUCACUUCAUCAGAGGACCCUUUUGCAGUACUUGAACAAACUUCAACCACAACAAAAUCGUUUACAGACCCACUGGAGGAAUUUGGUAAGUUUAAUCAUUCUGGAAGAACAGAACCUGCUGUUUCAUCAAAUUGUUCCCCACCAUUGAGACCCCCUCCAAAACCAGGACAAGUUUUGAAGACAGGAAAAGUUUUGGAUGUUUCUGCCAUAGAUGAACUGGAAGACUUUGCUAUGGGUAGGAUGCAAAACAAUGCUCGUAGUGUCUCUAAUGGUCACCAUGCUGGGGAAGUAAAGCAGAGCGCGGAUGAUCUAGAAUCAUUUUUUGGCAGGGUUUCUCAGUCUAGCAGUGUACCAAAGUUAAGGUCUGGAGUUCUGGACCCUCUAUUUGAUGCAAAGAUAAAUGGAAAGGGAAAGCCCGAAUUCCCUUUUAAAAAGGCUUCAAGCCCCUCACCUGGCAUAAGGAAGACUUCUUCUACAACAAAUGCACUUGGUGACCUUUCUUUGAUUUUUGGAGAUGCCACAUUAUCUGGAGAAUUUGAGGAAGUUGAAGGGGAAAGUGAAGAAAGAAGAAGAGCCAGAUGGGAUCGUCACCAGAGGACCAGGGAUCGUAUGGAACAAGCAGUUGCUGAUAUGAACCAGCGUGACCUUCAAACUUUGCAUGAGCAAGAGGAGAGGCGUAGGAUAGCUGACAAAAUGGAUGUUCAGAUAAAGCACUGGGCUGCAGGGAAGGAAGGCAAUUUGCGUGCACUGCUAUCAUCAUUGCAACAUGUGCUUUGGCCUGAGUGUGAUUGGAAACCAGUUUCACUGACAGAUUUGAUCACCUCUACCUCAGUGAAAAAAGUCUAUAGAAAGGCAACAUUAUGCGUCCAUCCUGACAAGGUUCAACAGAAAGGUGCCACUAUUCAACAAAAAUAUACUUCUGAGAAGGUUUUUGAUAUCCUCAAGGAAGCUUGGAACAAGUUCAGUAAGGAGGAGCUCUCUUGAAUGCCUUUGAUGAUGCGUCCUCCGAUUAUUUUGAGCCCCACCAUUUGGCAGUUAUACGACUUCCAUUUUGAGGUAAAUGUUCUUGCAUGCUGUGUCGAUCUUACACCCUUUAGGUGCAAUAUCUCCAUUACAACAUGAAUCCCGAGUCUCAUAACUUAGAGAUAUGCUAAUUGAAGAUCACUUCUGUUGUAUUUGAUGGUGUAAAUUAACGCUUCUUCUAGAAACAUCAGGUUUUACAACAUUUAUAGAAUCCUUCCCCAGGAAAAGUUUCAACUACCAUUCGGCAAUUGCUUUGAUGGUGAGAAUUUCAAUUUGCUCUCAUUUUUUAUUCUUUAUUAGCAUUUAGUAUUUGAGUUAUGGGGAAGGCGUGGGGGAUUUUCUUCUUUAUUGUAAUAAUGAUAUUCCAUGAGCCUGUGAAUUUAAUCCACUAAACAAUCAGAAAGGUGUGGUUGUUUUGCUGUGCAUUUAGCAGGCGCAAUUAAUUAAUGAUUCUUGAGUUACAAAA